AUGGCAUGGUUCAAAAAUUUGUUGGGUGUUACAAAAAUGCUGUUAAAGGAAAGAAAAGUGGGACAUCGGAGUUGGAUAUCAUGUCAGAUGCACAUGCUUUUUUUUGCUCAGGAUCAAGGUACAACAUUCAAUCUUGAGUACGCACGGCGAUUGUUAAAAGAUGAAGCUAAACGGUGCAUCAUCGGAGAAUCGAUUGGAAAUUCUUCAAAAAUAACAAAUACUUCUGCUAGUAGGGCAUCAUCGGAGAACCCAGAUACAACUUCAAGUUAUGAGUUUAACUCAUCAUCACCAAUGGAGCAUCCAAUGGGACAAAAAGCAGCAAAAAGGAAGGGUAAGGCAUCAGAAAUUCCAAAUGCAACGCAAGAUGCAAGGAAUAAAAGAGCAAAAUGCAUGGAAAGACUUGCAUAA